AUGUCCUUCCUGAGCCCUGAAGCUCCUGUGGCAGCAUUGCCCCAGGACAGUGCAGUGCUGCUCGUUAGUGUCCAGGGCAUAGCUGUUAAUGUGGACCCAGUUUUCUGCACUUGGCUCCUUUACAAUCCUAACCGAGGGAGCAGCAGACAGCAACAAACGACUUCUGGACCAAUACCUUUGAUGAAGAGGAGAGAUGAUGAAGUCUCUGUUGGGAGUACACCUCUGGCCAAGCACACCUCGAAUCAAGCGUCAGAUUAUGCUAGUAGUCCAAUUAAAACCAAAACUGUCACAGAAUCCCGUCCUCUUUCCAUUCCAAUGAAAGUGAUGCUUGAGAGUGCAGCUGUGGAGUCCUGGAGUGCUUCAGAAGAAAAUGUGAAGGAGCUAAUUUCUCAGGCUUGGGAUGCUGUAAAGCGCCUUACUCUUCAGUUGGAGCUUCAGGCCUGCUGUGUGUUCCUGCCCAAUGACAGUUUACCUUCCCCAAGCACCAUAAUCUGUGGAGACAUUCCCGGGACUGUCCGGAGCUGGUAUCAUAACCAGGCUUCUAUGCCUGCAACCCUGGUGGUCUGUCUGCCUCACAUCACCAUCCUCAGCACCGGGCACAAGUACAUAGAACCAUUGCAAGAGCUUCCCUUCAUGGUCUCCAGGCCCAUUUUAGAAGAAGAGAAACGCAAACUGGCGAGAAGGCCCGGAAACCGCUGUCGAGUCACAGCUGUCCAGAGGUGGGGCGUCAAAUCGCCCAGACAAAAGCCUCAGCGCUCGUACGCACUGGAAGGCGAUUCUGUACAAGGAGAUGACAGUCAAUUUGCUGAUACUGUCACUCUGGAGCAAAAGACCAGUACCAUAGGAGGUACUAGUGGGAAGGUCAGCAUGUGGAUGCAGUGGAUGUUACCAAAGGUCACUGCCAAACUUUAUGCUCCUGAACCUGCUGCCAAGAAGACAGAAAUAUGUGUCAUCUGUGAACUUGAAGACUUAAGCGCCUCUGUGGAUGUUCAAGAUGUUUACACAAAAGUUAAAUGUAAAGUUGUCAGCUUCAAUAUCGACCAUUACACAUCCAGGCCAGGGCAAGGCUGGCACUGUGGCCACUAUGAAGGAGUCGUCCUGCAGUGCAAGGAGACAGCUGUGGUGAGCCUUGAGGAGGGCACUAGGAGGUCGGGCAGCUGCAGUGGAGUGGUUCUGUCUUGCACUGACAAGCUGAACAGGCGCACUCUGCUGGUUCGACCCGUCAGCAAGCAAGAAUCAUUCAGCCAUUUCUCUGGCUUUUUUCCUCCUACUGCAGCUAAAGUCUUGGAGGGUUCCCACCAGCAGCAUGGUUUCUUGGCCAUCACCUACACUCAGGCAGUUACCAAAAAUGUUCGACAUAAACUGACAACUCGACCAGAACGUCAGUCACGCAGCAGCGGCGGCAUCAGUGCUGGUCAUGGUGUGACUCCUGACCCCCUGGCUGAUGGUGCCCCCCAAUAUCUGAGAGAGAUCCUUCUCACUGCACAGCCCUUUGACAUUGUGCUCUCUUGUCCAUUGAUGGCCACAGUGGUGGGAGUUUUUCAGACUAAAGUCCCAAGACGCUACAGAGAACGUGGGAAGUCAGCUGGUCAGCCGAUGAGAAGCCACAUACUUUCCUCCCGCAGCCUGCCGCUGAUCUACAUCAACACAAGUGUGAUCCGAGUCUUUUGCCCUGGUUCACAGGACACACAGUCCCUCUCAGCUGAUCCACUCUUGAAGAAAGAAGACACCCUGGUAUUGAAGCUGGGUUCUUUAAGCAUGGCACCUCAAGCUGAUAACCCUCUGACACGCACAGUGCUACGAAAAGAUAUAUACCAACGUGCAUUAAAACUUGGCAUUCUGCGGGACCCCGGGUCAGAGGUGGAGGACCGUCAGUACCAGGUGGAUCUCACGUCCAUCAACAUCGGCACAGCGCAGUGGGAGCAGCUCAAACCGGACAAGGACGGGGUCAAAGGAGUGCUGUCUGUGGAAACUGAACGGAGCUCCCAGAACCCAGCGCUGGAGUGGAACAUGGCGAGCAGCAUUAGACGGCACCAGGAGCGACGGGCCAUCCUCACACCCAUCCUGACUGACUUCUCUGUCCGAGUGACCGCUGCUCCCGCUAUAAUCUUCAGCAGGAAUCUCUCCCCUGAUAGUGCACAAGCAGAGGAGGUGGUGGUGUGUGGCCACUCUCUGGAGGUGAACCUGACCAGCAGCCUGGACUUCUACUUGAGCAUGGCCCAGGUUCAGCUCCUUCAUCAGCUCCUGCGGGACAACAUGGUUGGCAUGGAGGUGGGCGAGAGAGGAACUGAGGUGCGUCGUCACGAGAAGAAGCUCCGCAGUCGGGAUCCCUCUGCAGGUGUGGAGGUUCCGCCCCGUCACGUCGGCACAGGACAAGACAGUGGUUUUGGCAGUGACAGUGCCUGCAUUCGUAUUGUCCAAAUCGAGCAACAGAGUGGAACCAGCCACCACUGCAUCGCCAGGCCUUCACACAAAUCCACUAUCACCAAAAAUCUUAGCUUCAUCCCCUUCGACAUCUUCCUCACUGCCAGCAGACUCUCAGUCAUGACCUAUGCCUGUUCUUGUCCCUCACCAUCAGACACUCUCAGCACACCUGAGAAAAAAGAACCUACCGAUAAGAUGGGCAAGAGCGCUCUCAAUCUACCUGAAACGCAAGCGGCCUCACCGCCGAUGUCUCUGUCACCCACUCCGGAUCCCGCUUUCGCAUCCACACAAGGGUCCCUGGCAGGGCUAACCGCAGAGGACAUACUGAAUAGCAACACAUCUCAGCCUGCUUCACCACGCUUGAGGACCAGCCUGCUCUCUCUGGAGGGUAUUCCCGCUCCCAGCCGUUCAUCUGCCCGACAGGCCCUGGGAGUGACCAUAGUGAGGCAGCCGGGGCGCAGAGGGCCCGGGGACCAGCUGUUGGAGCCCCUGUUGUACCUCCAGGUGAUGCAGCCCUCCAUCUUGCUCAGCUGCCACCACAGAAAGCAGAAGAUUGAGCUUUCUGUGUUUGAUGUUGCCUUAAGAGGAGUGGCAUCAGACUACAAGUGCCUGGAUCUGGGGAAGACAUUACCAGAAUCUCUAGAUUACAAUGUGUACUGGCUGCAAACCGUGGCUGGUGAGGUGGACAGUAAAACGGGUAUCCCACCCCCUCUGCUCUGUCUUCAGCUCAAAGACUUCCUCAAUGGACCAGCUGAACUCAACAUUGAGAUUUCUCGUCCUCUGAAGAUCAGCCCCACACUGGCAAAGUUGGAGCAGGCCAAGUCUUACCUGAGGAAGGUCUACCCCAGUCCCAGUCCCCCUGUGGACACUGCUAAAGCAUCACCCAACUCCUCCAGUCCAUACUCUUCACCCUCCAAGACACGAACCAGUACCCCCCAAACAGACACACGUCGUCAGGCAUCAGUGGGCACCUUUGGGGCUCUGGGAGUAACGUUUCACAAGGUUUCCGUCCACACUGCUCAAAUUGUUGUAGUGAUGGAGGCAGAGACCCAACCAAAGAAGCCCAGUGCGACCUUCUCUGUGGCUGCAAUGAAGGGAAGCCUCAACAUCAAAUCUGGACCAAGGCUGGAAGACCAAGUCCAGGCUGCGUCUGUGCUUUUGGAGGUGCAGGACUUGCUGGUGAAGACAGGCCUUCGGGAGCGUGUCCAUGUGCUGCUGGGACCCUUCUCCUGCCGGACGUCCUUGGAGGCGCGGUGGUGUCGUCACAGCGGCAGCCCUGGACACGAGCCUGGAGUUCCCAAACUGCUGCUGGACCUGAGGGGAGGCCUGCUGCAGAUAUUUUGGGGCCAGGAGCAUCUGACUUGCCUGAAGCUGCUGGAGGAGCACCUGCGGUCCUACCUUCAGCUAGACAAAGAGGGGACCACAGAGCCUUGUUUGGGGAAUGCCUGUCACACUCAGCCCCCAGCCUCCCCUGGAUCCCCCUCUCCUCGCACUGAACACAGCUCUGACGAUCUGCGCACCGGACACUUCCAGUACAUCCAGGACUCAGCCUUUCAGCGGCAGCCUGGACCCCAUGAGGUUGUGUUUUAUAGUGAAACUGAAGACUGUCCUGGAGUAAUGAUGUGGAGGUACCCCGAGCCCCGUGUCCUAACCUUUGUGCGGAUUACCCCCGUCCCAUUCAACACCACUGAAGACCCAGAGAUCAGCACCGCAGACUUGGGGGACAUCCUGAAGUUGCCAUGCAGCUUGGAGUACUGGGAUGAGUUGCAGCAGACCUUUGUGCCUUAUCGGGAGUUCAGCCUAUCGGAGAGCAGUCCCUGCCAGGUGCAACUGCCCAGCCUGAGCCUGACGGAGCAGCAGAAGGAGUUGGUCGCCUCAGACCUUUGGCGGAUUGUUGUCAACAACACAGAACAGGGAGGAGAUGAGCAGAGUUUGGACAGCGAUUGUGGGUCGGUGUUGCACUGUGAUCAGCUGGUCUCCCCCAUUGCCCUGGCUGCCUGCACUCGUGUGGACUCCUGCUUUGCUCCUUGGUUUGUCCCAUCUCUCGGAGUGUCUCUGCAACUCUCUCAAAUGGAAGUGCACCUCUGCCAUCACCUAGAACAACUGGGCACAGUUUCCCCACGUAGACUCCGCCCCUUCGUACCAGAUAAGAAGUUGCCUCUGGAGCAGGAAUUCAUGGUGACCAGUGCACGCAAGCCUCAGGUUCUUUUGCGUCAGUGGAACAAUGGUCCACGCAACUGUCAAGAGUUCAACUUUUCCACUCAAGUAGAAUGCAAACUGUUGGAGUACCGCAAUCUAACACUUCUUCAGAUACUUCAGCCUUGUGUGCUGCAGGGUCAAGCCACUGCCAUGUGCUGUCCCCAAGCGACCAUGUUGGAUGCAAAUGUGUUCGUGGACCCAGUCUUUAUCAGGGUCAGCCAAUAUGCCAUUCACACGCUGGAUGCCGCUUGGAAAAGUUGGCAACAGAAUGGUGACCCUCAAUGCGAGGAGCUUGUCUACAGCCACUAUGUUAUCUGUAACGAUACCCACGAGAUGCUGCGCUUUGGUCAGGUGGACACGGACGAGAACGUGCUACUGGGAAGCCUCCACAGCCACCAGUACAGCUGGAGGUCUCACAAGUCGCCACAGCUGCUUCACAUCUGUAUCGAGGGCUGGGGAAACUGGCGCUGGUCCGAGGCCUUCAGCAUUGACAACGUGGGCACUUUGCUGAGGACUAUCCAGUACAAAGGCCGCACCGCUUCACUCAUCAUUAAGAUCCAGCAGCUCACCGGGGUGCAGAGACAGGUAAUCAUCUGCGGCAGACAGGUGAUGUGCAGUUAUCUGAGUCAGGACAUUGAGCUGAGAGUGGUGCAGCAUUACGUGGGCUCCGACAGUCAGACAGUGGUGAAGGAGCACUGUGACUGUCUGGAGGCCGGGGGGAAGCUGCCCUCGUAUGUGCUGGAGGAUGCAGAGAUGACUGAGCUGUGUCUUCGAGCCAAAGGGGACGAGGACUGGUCCCAAGACGUGCAGCUUGAGAGGAGGGACAAGACCACCUCCAGCUCGGUGGUUCAGGUGCCUUGUUCCAGUGGCUCCUUACUAUACAUCUGGUGCACCCUGGUCACCCUUGAACCUGAUACACACACGCAGCAGAGAGUGGUGGUGUUCAGUCCGCUGUUUGUGAUGCGGAGCCACCUGCCUGACCCGGUGAUCGUCCAUGUGGAGAAGAGGAGUCUGGGGCUGCGGGAGAGUCAGCUGAUCCUGGGGCAGGGUCACCAAGAGCCACUGCUGAACACGGAGGCUGACCAGACACACCACCUUACUUUCCAAGCCAGGGAAGAUGAAGACGCAUCAAAUUGUGCUGUGCCGAUCUCCACAAGCCUGAUCAAACAGAUAAUGAACAAAACGCAAAGUCAGGCCAACGUUGAUCUCAUCCUAAAUGAUUUCUAUGGAGCAAAGGCAUCCUCUGAGCUGCAAUGGCCCUACAUCUCCAAAGACAGUGACAGGGCUGUGUCAGAGUCCCUCACUCAGUGGGACAGUCCCAUGCAGGUGAAGCUGUCCUGCUGGAAGCCUUGUCUGAACACUUUGCUUGUAGAGCUGCUGCCAUGGGCUCUGCUGGCAAACCACUCCCAAUGGGACCUGUGGCUAUUUGAGGGGGAGACGAUCAUACUGCAGAUACCAGCGGGGAAGGUCAUAGUGCCUCCAAACCUUAAGGAGGCCUUUCAGAUUGGCAUCUAUUGGGCCAACACAAACACUGUCCACAAAUCCACUGCCCUCAAACUGGUGCACGAUGUGACGUCUCCGCGGUGGAAAGAGGGUCUGAGCUCAGAGGUGGUCACACUGGACGAGGAGGGCUUUGUGGGGGCAGACAUCACAAUUGGAGCGUUCUCCGGAAAGCAAAAGCUCUGCCAGUUGUGUGUGUCUUCAGUUGUAAGACACGGCAUCCAAAUCCUUCACAUCGAGGACAGGACGGUUUUGGUCAACAACACUUCUUACUCCAUACAAUACAGACCUCUGCUGACAAAGCACUCCUUGGGAAGCAAGGACCAGGCUUGUCCGAUACCAGAGAGUGCGGUGCUCACGCUGCCUCCCCGCAAGCAGGCGUCCCAUGGCCGGCCGUGUUCGGUGCCCUACUGGGACCUCCUUCACACCGGUGCUCAGGGCAGUGUGGAAUUCCCUCUGCCGCUCAAAAACAUUCUCUUCAGCCUCCUCCCACAGCCGGCCUCGUCACAGUGGAGUCUGCCUGCCCCUGUGCGCCCAGACCUGCCCCGCCUGAGUGUGUCCGUGCCCGGGGAAGCUGACUCUUGGGGUGGGCCGAGCAGCAGAGCUUUGGUGAUGACGUAUCAGGAGCACCUCGGGGUGACAUAUAUUACACUAAACGAAGAUCCCUGCCCACGCAUGGUCAUCCACAACAAAUGUCCCAUUCCAAUGCUACUAAAGGAAUUAUGUAAAGAGACUCCUAGGGCUGAGCUCUACUGUGUUCCUCUGCCUGCCAACACUUCCCUGCACCAUGAGCUGUACCACCACUUCUCCAGUUUCCCUGAGUGCAGACAGAAAGAUGCACUGCCCACUUUACAGCUGAAGACCACCUCAGACCACUGCACACCAGACUGGACUGAUCCCAUAGACAUCAACAGCCCAGGCACUCAGGUGGUGUUCCUGGCGGGCUUUGGCUGCCUCUACAUAGACGUGUCUUAUGAGAAGGGAACCCUGGUCUUGUCUUUGGCACCAGAGGGCAGCAUGGACCCUGUAAUCUCCCCGCACACCAGGAGUUUAAAACUGUCCUUCAGAGUGCUUCUGAGUGAAGCCAGUGUGCUGCUGAAUGAUGACAUCACAAGCCCGUCUGGUUCUGUGGAGCUGCUCAGACUGACUCUCACCAAACUGCUCCUGAGCCUGUCGCCUGCUCCUGUCCCGUCACUGUCAGGCCUCUACGACGACCGUAAUGCAGAAGCUCUCCCUCCCUCAGCCUUACUGUCUAAUGGCUCCAGGGUCCAAGUCUACUGCUCCAGUCUGCAAGUGGACAACCAGCUAUACAACAGAGCAAGCUUCCACUUCCCUGUGCUGCUGUGUCAUGACCAGCGGGUGGUAGUGGAGAGGGGUCUGUGGAGCAGUGACACUGACCCCUUCGACACUCCGGAGGCACUGGAAGAAUUCAAACAGUCCUGUUUCAUGACUCUCCAGCUCAACCUGGCUCCAGACGUAUGCACUAUAGAAGAGGUCAUUUUCCAUCUGCAGCCGGCCCGAGUCUACCUUGAAGACACCUUUGUUUACUACAUCAAGACUUUGUUCCACACGUACAUCCCCGCAGCAGCAGCGCAGAGCAGCACGGAGCGGCCUGGACCUGCGCCCGGAGCCCCAGAACAGGUUCUCCAGUCUGUACAGGCCCUGGUCCACCCGGUGCGGGCACAGAGACUGACCAUUCACCCGGUGAAUGUCUUGGUCAGUAUCCACGCGUCACUAAAGCUCUACAUCGCCUCAGACCACACGCCUCUGUCCUUCUCCUUGUUUGAGCGGGGGCCGGUCUUCACCACCGCCCGACAGCUGGUGCACGCUCUGGCCAUGCACUACGCAGCAGGAGCACUCUUCAGAGCAGGUUGGGUUGUGGGCUCCCUGGAGAUCCUGGGCAGUCCUGCCAGUCUGGUGCGGAGCAUCGGGAACGGUGUGUCAGACUUCUUCCGGCUACCAUACGAAGGCCUGACUCGAGGCCCGGGAGCUUUUGUCAGUGGAGUGUCCAGGGGCACCACCUCCUUCGUUAAGCACAUCUCUAAAGGCACACUGGCCUCCAUCACCAACCUGGCAACCUCCUUGGCCCGGAACAUGGACCGCCUGUCCCUGGAUGAGGAGCACUACACACGGCAGGAGGAGUGGAGGAGGCAGCUGCCCGAGAGCCUGGGAGACGGGCUCCGACAGGGCCUGUCCCGUUUGGGAAUCAGUCUGUUAGGAGCCAUUGCCGGCAUCGUGGACCAGCCCAUGCAGAACUUCCAGAGAAACUGGGAACUGCAGAGCUCGACCGGGAGCACGGCCAAAGGGGUCAUCUCCGGAGUGGGAAAAGGCAUUGUGGGAGUUUUCACCAAACCCAUUGGAGGAGCAGCAGAGCUGGUGUCUCAGACUGGAUACGGCAUCCUUCACGGCGCGGGACUGUGGGAGCUCCCGAAGCAGCUGUAUCUGCCCCUGGAUGAGAGGUCUGCCCAGGCCCCCAACAGCCAGCUCAAAUACGUCUGGAAAAUGCUGCAGUCGCUGGGUCGCCCGGAGGUGCACAUGGCUCUGGAGGUGGUCAUUGUGAGCGGCUCAGGACAGGAGCACGCGGGAUGCCUGCUCCUCACCUCAGACGUCCUGUUUGUGGUCAGUCUGAGCGAGGACACGCAGCAGCAGGCCUUCCCCAUCACAGAGGUGGAGUGUGAGCAGGACCCGCGACAAAAGACUGAACUGAGCCUCACGCUUCAGCAGCAGAGAGUGAGCAACGACCAGGAGGGCGAAGGUGUCCGGGAGCGUCUGUCGGAGCAGCAGUACCAGCGGUUGUUGGACUUUGUGUCGCGCUCGUGUCAGUUCCUGACGCCCUCCUCCUCCUCGCUGCAGCCCGCCGUGACCCUCGCCAACCCUCCGCCCUCCGUCACCAAGUCCUACCGCUACCUGGUGGACCCUGCCUUCGCCAAAGUGUUUGUUAGUAAGUUCCACAUGGUCAAGAAUAAAGCCUUAAAAAUUGGAUUUCACUAA